GGGGGUGAAGGAGCGAGCGAACUCCUUUUCCCGCCUCCGUCUCCUACAGACCAGCAGAGUCCACCAGAGCAGCAGCCUAUGAACACGCUGGGCUUCCACCAAGUCAGUCAGACAGCUGCUGUGUGCCAAGUCCCCUUGCUGCUGGGCUGUGAGUGCCUGAUGCUGGCUGUCAUGGCUGACCCCACAGCAGAAGAUCCCACGUCCCAACCCAAUGAACUCUGCUGUGAGUGUGGUCAAUUCCACCUCUUGCUGGACAAUCAUCUCUACAACUUCCAGGACGAAGUGGACGACGAACUCAUCUGCCACAUCUGCCUCCAGCCUCUGCUCCAACCUAUGGACACCCCCUGUGGCCACACGUACUGUUUCAAGUGCCUGGAAAACUUCAUGCAGGAGUAUAACUUUUGUCCUAUGGAUAGGAAGAAGCUCUCUUUCCAGCAGUGCCACAAAUCCAGCCUCCUGGUACGGAACCUGUUGGAUAAGCUGGUUGUGCUCUGUCCUUUCAAGGCAGACUGCCAGCAGACCAUGCAGCGCUGUGAACUGGAAGCUCAUCUGCAGAACAGGUGUCCUGGGUUCAAGAAAUACAAAUCUGAACUCCAGAGGAAAAAGAAUCCCAUUUCCAAAGGGAAGGAAGAUCCUCCUACCAAGGCAGAGACAACACCACCCAAAGAUCCAGAGGUACCAAGUGGAGGAUCAUCACUGGUGGCAGAAAGCUCUGCAGCUGCUGUGGUAUCACUAGGGACUGCAGAGCCUGGACUGGUAAAUCCAGCUUUUGAGGAGACUGAAGAAGACCUCCCCCAGAGAACCAGCCUUGUGGCUGAAACAACCACCAUUGAAAUCCACCGAGAAGACCCCGAGGAAGAGCUGGGGAUGAGGAUAGUUGGGGGUAAAGACACCCCACUAGGAAACAUUGUUGUUCAAGAAGUCCUGAGGGAUUCUGUCAUUGCUGCAGAUGGCAGAAUAGCACCUGGGGACCAUAUUCUUGAGGUGAACGGUGUCAACAUCAGCAGUGUGACUCACUGCCAAGCUGUCUCCUUCCUGCGCCACCCAGGUCCUGUUCUCCACCUCAUGGUCCUGCAGGAGAAGGGUUUUUCCAAUAAGACUGCACAGCAGGAUUCCUCUUCCACAAAUCGGGAAGUGAUCCACGUGACCCUGAUAAAGAGGGAGCGCUCCGAGCCCUUGGGGAUCAAACUGAUCAGGAAGACAGAUGAGGCAGGGAUUUUUAUUCUAGAUCUGUUGGAGGGAGGUUUGGCAGCCAAAAAUGGGAAGCUGAGUCGGAAUGACAGAGUCCUGUCAAUAAAUGGCCAGGAUUUGAGGCAAGGAACACCCGAGGCUGCUGCACAGAUAAUCCAGACCAGUGACUCAAGAGUCAACUUCGUGGUCUUGAGGCAACCAGGCAUGCAGCUGUCUGACCCAGUAGAAGAUGGCAGCACAUCAAACAGCAGCAGCAGCAGCAGCAGCAGCAAUGGAGGGAGCCCCGUGCACCACCGGAGACGACCGGACCAGAACCACUACAGGCGAAAAUCUAACUACCAGAAGGAUUUGCCUCAGGGAUAUGCGAGUCAUGAGAAGACAGUUGCAAUAAAAAAGGAACCAAAGGAGUCGUUAGGAAUAACAAUUGGAGGUGGAAGGGAUAACAAAAACAAGCUCCCUAUCUAUGUAACAAGCGUGCAGCCCAUUGGAUGCCUCUUCAGAGAUGGCAGAAUCAAGAGAGGAGAUGUACUUUUGAGCAUAAAUGGCAUUGACUUGACUCACCUGAACUACUAUGAAGCUGUCUCAGCACUGAAAUCCAAUGCAGCUUCCCACUCAGUUACACUAAAAGCCCUAGAAAUUGUAUCAUUGAACUCAACAGAGCUGUCUCUGGAUAUCAAGGAGCAAGGAUUCAGUUGGUCUCCCCUCUGGAUCUCGUGGCUUGGCUUGCCCAGCUACCUCCACUGCUGUCAAGAUAUUGUCCUCAGCAAAGGCAACCUGGAAAGCUGGGGCUUCAGCAUUGUUGGAGGCUUUGAGGAAAGCAAAGGGAACCAACCCUUCUUCAUCAAAACCAUCGUGCCCGGGACUCCUGCCUUCCGGGACAGGAAACUCAAGUGUGGAGAUGAGAUAGUGGCAGUAAAUGGAGUGCCAGCCAUAGGAAUGAGCAACUCGGAACUAAUCCCAAUGCUGAAGGAGCAAAGGAACAAGGUGACACUCACUGUGGUCUCCUGGCCAGGAAGCCUCGUGUGAGAAACACCCAGGAGGUUCAGGUAUUGUUUGGCCAUCACACCAAGUGAAACGUGGGACACCUAAACCCAAGGGAAUGCUGAACUCUUGCAACACAGCACC